UUUUCGAUAGUAUCCUAAUUUCGAUAGAUUAUUAUUUUUAACGAUCAUUCGAUAUUGUAAUGUCAUUUUUCGGAACGUUUUUUCCCAAAAUCAGCGUCAGUAACAAGAAGUGUCAGAUAGCCAAAAAGAUCGAGAAUUACGCUUUUCAAAGAGAUAUUUUCCAUCCAGAGAGGAAAUUAUAAGAAUGAUGAUCCAGACGCCUUGGCCAAUACUUUCCAGUCGGUAAAAUGUGGAAUGAGUGUCCAUGCUGAAUUGUUACUGCCAAAUGUUUCCAAGUCCCCUAGACAACUUUAAAAUAUGAUAAAUGGGCGUAAUAACAUUGGGGCGUGUGUCUUCAGGACCUUCACCACUUUUUAAAAAUUGUUUGAAGUUGCUUUAUUUGUUCAUUAUUAAAUGUAAUCAAUUUGGUCGAAAAAAUAAAAAUAAAAGAAUCAUUCUAUUUAAUGUUGUUUUAACACUAACAGCGCGCCAUACUUACUAUCGAAAAUAGGUGACGUCAGUCAAAACAAAUUUGAUUAUGGCGGAUCUAACGAAAGUUGAAAUGCUACCUGGAUUUUGAUAGUUUUAAACAAAAAACAGCAUAUAUUAUUUAGAUAGAGUUAAUUGAUUAGAAAAGAUAAAAUUCAGGUGAGAAAUAAUUCCUGAAUAUAUUAAAUAUGUAAAAAUAGUACUGCACUAUCGAAAACCGGUGACACCAGGAUAUGUAUCCAGGCACUGACUGAGACUUCUCGCCAACAUCUAACGUUUGUGUGUUUGUCAGUGUUUGUGGACUGAUGUUGGCGGCCUAAAGAAAAAUGAUUCCUACAAGAUAUAUCUUUCUUGGAUGUGGGAUGAGCCUCUUGGCUAUCGGCUAUCAUUAUGAAGUCAUUGGGACCUUUCUCUCACUGCUUGUCCAUUGUGUGUUAGCCGUGCUGGGUGUAUACUUUGGUGUGUCAUGGUCGCUGGUUCAGGGGAAAAUGUACAAACCGACUUCACAGCCCAGGGAGUCAAAGAUGGCACAAGAGCUAAUCAAAUUCAUGGAGAAGAGAUAUGAGAAAAAAUUGGAGACAAAAAAAGUUGUGAUAACCAGAAAUGUAGAUGGCGCUUUACAAGAAGUCCUAGACCUCAUCAUGAGGGACUAUAUCAUGUCAUGGUACUCGGAUCUCUCAAAAGACCAUGACGUUUUCUUAAGUUCUCUAAGAAGCGACAUGUGGAUCAUGAUAGAGUCACUGACAAACCGGUUAAAGAGGAUGGAUAAGAUGAAAUUUAUUACAGAGGAUGUGGUGCUAAAAAUUCACAAGCACUUCCAGGAAGUCAGGGAAUAUAGAAGGAGGGAAGAUGACAAAAUUGCCAAAAAAUUCAUUCUUCAACCGUGGCUAGAAAACGAUGAGACAGAGACCGAAUUUUUGAGAAAGGUGUGUGAGUUUCUGCUGAUGUCAGUGCUACCAAAAGAGUACACUCACUGCCAUACUCUUAGGAGGAUGCUCAGAGAAAUAAUGACAUCAUCAGCUCUAAAACCAUCCAUAGAUAUGCUAUGCGAUCCCGACUACAUCAAUCAGAAAUUGAUAAAUUAUAUAGACUACAGGCAGCAGCUGUCAGAGGACACACGGAAAAAGUAUACGUACGCUGCUACUUAUGAAGAAUUCGUCAAACUCAUCGACAAGUGUGAAGACAUAGAGCAUCUUAAACAGAUCAGAUACAAUGUCAUGAUGGAAAUUAUACAUGCGACAACCAUACAGAACAUCAAAAAGGAACAAAACAUUCCAGGUGAAAAGGGACCACCUCGAGCCAUGGGUAAGGGGGAUCUGCUGAAAGCCAGAAAUCUGAAACGAUACAUCAAUCAGCUGACAAUUGCCAAAGCUCACAGUGAGAAGAGAAUCCAUGGAUUAGGGGGACCAGAUUACAAAAGCUAUGAGACAACUGAAGAUUCUGAAAGGACAGUGACCAAUAGUACUAAGAUCCUCACCUUUGAGGAAGUGAUGGAGUCAGCAGACGUCAGGAUGGAAUUUUUCAAGUACUUAGAAAAAGACGACAACCAUUCACUACUAGGAUUUUGUAUUGCUGUAGAGAGACUCCAAACAGCUGAAAAGAGAAAACAGUAUCAGUUAGGGAAGGAGAUAUAUGACAAAUACAUAGCCAGCAGCACAAGUGCAGUCAAGCUGGAGAGGGGAACCAAGAAAGAAAUGGAGGCUUUCUUACUGGGGAACUCGCCUGGUCAUGAAGCAUUUGAGAGUGGACAGAAAACGGUGCUGGAUCUCCUGAAGAAGCAGUAUUAUCCCUCGUUUCUUGUCAGUGAUAUUUAUCACAGAUACUUAAACUCUUUGGAACAGGAGGCUUCUGUAGGCCACACAGAACAAAGGAAAGAUGAAUUUUUCUUUCAACCUGACAGUGACGAUGAGGAUGAGGACAUGGAUUUUAACAAUGAGGACAGCAUCAUUUUUAAGGACCAGUCUUACUUUGCUCAACAGAAGCUUGAACAAUUGGAUGGAAAAAUUCAAAUGAAGACCCAUGCACUUAAAGCUCACCAAGAAUCACGUAAAAUGGAUGACUCAAAGGCAAAGAAGGUGGAGAAAGAUUUGGAGGUGGAGUUGGAUCAAUUGAUUUUGCAAAGAAGGCAGUUGGAGAUCCACAUCCUAAGAACACAAAAGUGGUGUGAGAACCAAGGGUCAUGGAGGGCUAUGGUGUAUGAAGCUCAGAUUGUAGAAGAAGAAGAUAAAAGAAUACCCACAUUUGUUUUGAUUGUGCAUCUGGCAGGAAAGGAAAAGUCACAUAAUCUGCAACACAGUGCAGAGGGGUGGCUGGUGACUCGAAAUAUCCCAGAUUUCAACAGACUUCAUGAGAAAAUGAUUGAGAUUGGACCUUGGCUGAAGAAGAAGGAGCUUCCUUCUGUGAGACGAUUCACGACAUUGAAUGAGAAUUUCCUCAGUGAGUGUAAAAGGAUGCUGAAUGAGUACCUCAGUGCCAUUAUGAAAGAUAGCAUGAUGGCCCAGAGUGAGGCUCUGUAUGGCUUCCUGACCCCCACACCCGAGUUUUUCUGGCACAGGAAACCAGAAAAAAAGAAAGAGUUCUUCAUUACUUCCAUUAUCAAAAGCUUGCCCAUUGGCCAGUACAAGCAAGAGAGUGCAGAUGAACUCAAACUUGUGGAGGAAGAGGAUGAUGGUUCAAAGUUGGACAGGAAAGAUUCCAUCGCUGAACCAUUCUACAGAUUGGUGGAUGAGGUUUUUGAAUGUCAUGGUAUGUUUAAAUGGUUGAGACGGAGUUUCAUCAUGUUUGUGGAGGUGACUUUUGGAAGGUCUAUUAAUAGACAACUGAGGGAAACGGUGGAUUGGGUGUUUUCAGAGAGUAUGAUCAUUUACUACGUUACCCUGUUUAAGAACUCCAUGUGGCCUAAUGGCAAACUAGCCGAGUCUCCGCCCCCAAAGACAGACAUACAGAAAUUACAGACAAGGCUUGAAGCCAAAGAAAAGUUUUUAAAUAACAUACCAGAUGCAGUGAGAACACUUCUAGGGGAGGAGAAUGGCAGAAGAGGGGCAAUUAAAAUGUUUGAGGUUUUACAAGAUCCAAGACUGAAUAAACAUCUGUUUUAUGGUCUGUUGGAGGUUUUCUUGUUGGAACUCUACCCAGAACUUAAGGAAAGCCCAGAAUCCAGAGAUUGAUGGACAAUAGAAAACUAUCUACAGAGACUCGUGGUUGAGAUUUUUCACCAUGUAAAAUAAUGGAAUAGACAGGGUUAAAGUAUGGGGUUGUGCAAUUUAAAAUAAAAGAUUAUGAUUUUAUUACAUCUAUGUAUUUCUAUGUGCAAUAUUAGUUGGUUAUUCUAUGUGCCUGGUAAUUUAAACUGCACACAUGAUUUUGGAAUAAACAGAAAUAUAAUUCUUGAA